AUGGCGAUCAAAUUCGCAUCACUGUUAACUCUCUUCUUCUUCUUCUUCUUCUUCAAUGUAACAAUCUCAAUUUCACAAUCCACAGAUGAAUCUGGGCUUCCGAAAUUUACAUUCAGUUGGUCGGAUGAUAAAAGCAAGUUCAAAUCCGGAGAAAUCGCUUCAAUUACGAUCAAAGUUCUCGGAAAUUUCGAAAACCAUGGCAACGUUUCGUUAGGGCAGAGAUCGUUUAAGCCUACGGUUACCGUAAACGGCAAAACUGGCAACAGUUCGUAUGUUUCUGGUGUUUCGUCAGAUCUCGGUGAAGAUAUUGAGAAUUGGAAGAUUUAUUUUACUCCAAUCAUGGUUGGGAUCUUCAACAUUGUUAUAGACGAAGAGAAUUUCAAAGUUCUCGAUUCGUCGCUUCAUUACGAAGUCGAAACAGGGUUAAUGUAUCCAUCAGUAUGUGUUGUUUCUUGGAUGGGACUUACGAAUAAGUUUGAAGCCGGGACGAAUGCUUCGGUUUUGAUUCUUCCGAAAGACGCGUUUGGGAAUAACAUUUCGUAUUCCGGGAAGGAGAUUGAGUUUCAGGGGUUUUUAUUGUCUCUUCUUUAUGAGAAUGGUUCAUUUGCUAGUGAUCUUGAUAUUACACACAUUAGAUGGGUUGAAUCUGGUUAUAUUUCGAUUGAGUUUGUGCUUGUGACCUCUGGGAGAUUUUUGUUGCUUGUGGAGAAAGAAAGCCAAACAUUGAAUGGUAGUCCAUUACCACUUAUGGUGAAUUCAGGACCUUUGGAUGUUUCCAAUUGUGUGAGUAUAUGGAAGUCAGAGCUAAACACAUGGCAGGUGUUUUCCAAAAUGGAGAUGUUUUUACACCAGAAAGAUCGAUUCGGAAACCUUGUUUCCGGGUUUUACGAAUUCGAUGCGGAUGUGGUGGAAAAAGAGACGGGUUUGUCCAUACCGGUAGCAGAUUUCGAGUUUGAAUAUGUAGAGCCAGGGAUUCAAUUGAUGUCUUUUAGCCUUUCUGAACCAGGAAAUUUCUUGCUUACUCUUUCUGAUAUGAAGCACAAUAAGAGCAUCUCUGGUAUGCCAUAUGCAUAUACAGUAUAUAUAGGUUAUUGUGAUGGAUCAAGAAGUAUAGUAAAUGGCUCAGGGAUCAAUGCUUCUAUUGCUGGAGAGUCUCUUGGCUUCUCUGUUUAUUUGAAAGAUGCUUAUGGUUAUCCCUCGUUAGUCCAAGUGGAUAGACUUCAGGUCAGAAUCGUACUAGAGGCUGAUUCCUCAUUUAUUCUGCCAACCAUACAGCCAAGAGAGACCCUCAAUGGGACUGGAUCAAGAUACCAAUCUGCUACACCCUUGUAUGAGAAACAUGGCGGAAGAGCUUCAGGUGUCCUAGCAACGACUCAAGCGAGUAUUUUUGACGUAACUUACACUCCGAAAAGAAGUGGAAUCUAUAAAAUUCUUAUAUCAUCUGGAAACAUAGUCCUCAAUGGAGGCCAGCCUUUCAUCAAGGAAGUAUCUGCAGGUGAAGUGAACGUGGCGGCAUGUAGUGUUACCCAAUUCAAUGCAAAAGUGCCAAAGCAAAUCAAGAAUGAAAUUGUGGUGUUGCUCUUGGACGGAUUCUACAAUCCUGUACCAUCACAACCAUCUCGGUUAAAGUUGGAGAUCACCUCAGCUAAUACAUCAAGUUUCACUACAUGGGGAUUUGUAGAUAAUAAUGAUGGGACUUAUACUGGUAGCUAUCUGGCCAUGGAGGUGGGUACUUACCAAAUAUGCGUUACCGUUGACAAUAAACAUAUCCAACCUUGCCCCUUUGAAGUGAAUGUGUAUAGCAAUGGAUACUUUCCAAGAGCCUACGAUGAUCCAGUCAAUGUAUGGGAAGAUGAGUCAAUAUCUUUCAAUCCAUUGGAAAACGACUAUUUUGCUGGCGACAAUGCGAGCAUGCUCGGUUUCUCACAACCAGGUCAUGGUUCUCUUCUGAGAGAUGGAAAAGUGCUUAGAUACACACCAAUCAAGGAUUUUUCAGGAAACGACUCCUUUCCCUAUACAAUAGCUGAUAUAAACGGAAACUUAGCCGCAGCUACAGUCUACAUCUUUGUUCUCACUGCUCCUCCUCAGUUUGUUUCAUUUUCCGGCGGAUUACAAGCAACUGAAGAUCUAAUCAGUCCUAGAUAUGGUGGCUACUCUGGGCUGGAGAUAAGCUACUCUGAUCUGUUGGAGAACAUUUCAGUAACGGUACAAGCACUUUCAGGAUCAGUCAUUUUAUUUCCAAUGCUGAUGCAGUUUAGACUACCUUCAAGUGGAAGACUCUCAGUUAGUAAUGGAGGUGAAAAUGGAAGGCUUUUAAUCUUAGAAGGACAAAUAGGAGUUAUCAAUCCCGCACUUCAGUCGAUUCAAUAUCUCGGAAAUGAGAAUUUUGCUGGUGUUGAUUCCCUUCGUCUGUCUACAAAGAACAAGAAUGGGAUCAAUCAGCUGGAUGUUCCGGUUUUUGUUGAACCUGUCAAUGAUCCACCGUUCAUCAACGUUCCUCCAUAUAUAAUGCUGGAGAGUAAUGGGAGUGAAUCACUCAUCUUUCACCCGGGAAGAGACAAGUUCAACUUUUCAGUUGGAGAUCCAGAUUUUGUUAAUUUUCCCGGUGGUGAUUCUCAUUUUCUAGUAACGUUUUCUGUGGAAGUCACUGAUGGGUUUCUGCUGACAAACUUACCGUCGGAGCUUAUAAACUCAACUGAGCUGAAGAUCAAGAACAUGUUCCAGUGGCAGCCAAUUCAGACAUAUGCUGCCAUAUCAAAACAUGUGAAUGUCCAAGCCAGUGGGAUCAGGUUUCGUGGAACUAUAAAGCAAUGCAACGACCUUAUGCAACAGCUGCUUCAUCAUGGAGGAGAGAAUGGUGCGGUCUUGACCCUGAAACUGAGUGACAUGGGCAACUACGGGUGCUAUCUUGACUGCACCGAGAGAAUUUCACUGCCUUUACACGCAGAGGCUCGAGUAAACCUCAUCAGAAAGAGACCAUUGAGUUCCCUUUCAGCUCACGUUCUAGGAUCUAUGAUUGUAAUGGAGUCACUCGUGGUAUUCACUCUUGCUACUCUGCUUCUGUUCUUCACCUGCAAAUGCGCAUUUCUUCUUGUACACGAGAGAAGAGGUGAACAUUAUCCCGACAAGAAUUUGCAGCAAUCAACGGUAAAUUAGAAACUCAUCCCUCUUGUGUUUCGAGGUAGAGAAGGCUAGAAGUUGAUGAAACUGAAGCCAAAUAUUGCUAGACACAGUCUUGUAAUUUCUCACUGGUUCUAUAGUUUAGCUACCGAUUUCAAUACCAGAUAAG